AUGGGUUUCCUGGGAAAGAGCAACGAUCCUUCGCGCGAAAAGGCCGACGAGGCGCAGAUGAGCAUGGAAUCGCCCCAGCCUGGUGAUCUCCCUGCGCUCACCUCAACCACGGAGCGCAAGCUGAUGGCCAAGGUGGAUUGGCACGUCGUCCCCUUUCUGUGCAUUAUGUAUCUGCUUGCCUUUCUGGACCGAGUCAACAUAAGCAAUGCUGCAGCCCUGGGCAUGGAAGACGAUUUGGGCAUUGCCGAGGGAACAAAGUACAACACAGCCUUGACCAUUUUCUUCAUUCCCUACAUCAUCUUCGAAAUACCCUCCAACAUUCUGCUCAAGAAGUUGCGGCCUCAUGUUUGGUUGUCCAUGUGCAUGUUCUUGUUCGGCGUUGUCACAAUCUGCCAGGGCUUGGUCACAAACUGGGGUGGACUGAUGACUACGCGUUGGUUUCUGGGUAUGUUUGAGACUGGCAUGUUUCCUGGAUGUUUCUAUCUACUCGGAAUGUGGUACAAGCGCAGCGAGGCCCAGAAGCGAUUUAGUUUCUUCUUCAGUUCUACUUCGUUGGCCGGUGCGUUCGGUGGUUUGCUCGCUAGUGGUCUAGGAAAGAUGGACGGUGUCCGCAACCUUGCAGGAUGGCGAUGGGUUUUCAUCAUUGAAGGCUUGAUCACUGCCGUGGUUGCAAUCAUCUUGUUCUUCUUCCUCCCGGAUUUCCCUGAAGAGGCCAAGUGGCUCACCGACGAAGAGCGCAACUACAUGCGAGCAAAGUUGGCCCAGGAUUCCGGAGAGGCUGGAGAUGACACCCACAUGGGCUGGCGCGAGGUUCUGGAUGUUUUCAAAGAUUACAAGAUUUUCAUUGCUGGCUUGGCCUACUUUGGACAAGUUGUCACAGCUUAUGGAUACGCUUACUUUGCGCCAACUAUCAUCAAGUCCUACGGCUAUGGGCAAAUCCAAACCCAACUGUACUCGAUUCCCCCAUGGGCUACAGCUUUUGUAUUUUCCAUGUGCAUCGCAUAUCUAUCCGACAAAUUCCGACACCGUUUCGCAUUCACCAUUAUCCCCAUGUUGAUCUCCAUGGCUGGAUUUGGUAUCCUCUUGAACGUACACAACAACCGCGAUGUCCAGUAUGGUGCGUUAUUCCUGGUCACGUCGGGUUGUUACAGCGCAAUGCCUGUCGUCGUCUGUUGGUUUGCUAUGAACCUAGGUGGCCAUCGACGGCGCAGUGUUGGAACUGCUUGGCAGAUAGGGUUCGGCAAUAUUGGUGGUAUCAUCUCUACGUAUUCGUUCCUCGCGAAGGAUAAGGUAAAUCACUAUCACACCGGCUUCAGCAUCGGUGUAUCCUUCCUUGCCUUUUCUUGUGCCUGCUGCUGCGUCUACUUCGCGGCGCUGUGGCAUCAGAACCAGAAGAAGGCCGAAGUCCUGGCGAGUGGUGAUCCUAUUCAUCUUGAUGAGGACCAGAAAGCUUUGGGCGACCUGGCGACAAAGUUCCGUUAUGCGUACUAG